UAAUCUCCUCGAUAUAGUGAAACUGGCUCUCUCUCGCCCGUGGACGUAGCUAACACGCAUCGUGUUAGUGAACCACGUAAAUCGUGUGUCGUGUUUUCGAUUCUCGCUUUCGUAUUCUUGCUUUGUCGAUUCCUGCGAUUUCCCGAUCCGUAGCAGCGCGUUUAUAACAAGUGGUAUAAGAGCCGCGGCUGGAAAUUAGGUUAGGGUUUUCGAUUCAGAAGAAUGACGUCGGUGAACAUGAAGAUCGAAAAGUUCACGGGGAAGAACAACUUCGCUAUAUGGCAGAUCAAUAUGCAGGCUUUAUUAAAACAGCAAGGGCUGUGGGGGCCGCUGUCUACGAAACAGAAGAAGGCAGCGGUCGAUGACGAUGAGUGGAAUACCCUGGAGGAGAAGGCCCACUCGACCAUCAUGCUAUCGUUGUCUGAUGACGUCAUCAUUGAAGUCGCUGCUGAGAAGACUGCCGCGGGCUUGUGGUUGAAACUAGAGAGUCUGUACAUGACUAAGUCUCUAACCAACAAGUUGCAUCUCAAGCAACGGUUGUUCAGCUUGAGGAUGCAAGAAGGUACGCCUUUGAGGGAACAUCUCGAACAGCUUGAGUUGGGUUUCCAUUUCCAUGUCUUGAGCUUUUGACCUAGGAGAGAUAUAAUCCCCUUAGAGCCCCUUUUGGCGUCUUCGGGUCACUCCUAUCGUAUAUUGUCCGGGUAGUCCCCGAGGGAUUUUAUUCGACCGGUCUCCUAGCAUUAUAUGAAACCCUGGGUUGAAUAGAGCACUACCCAUCCAUCAAUUUGCCGUUCCGUGUCAUUCCCGAGGGAGCUCCAAACGGUAGUGUAUUUGAGUCGAUCAAACUAGGAGGAUACCCAACACUGAUCCAAAGAACGGACCAAGGACGAUUCAACCCAAGAGGGCUCCAAACCUUGUAAAUAGCUAGUCUAGGUUAGUUAGCUUAGUUUUAUUAAUCACUAUCCUGGGAUUGGCUAGAUAACGAACCUUAAACCUGAAGUAGGGUAAGACUAGAUCCCCAUGGUACGAUAAAUUCUUAUUGCUUGCUUGCCCUAUGCUACACCCGAUCGACGGUUAUACUUGACCGUCGAUUGUGAUGUUUUAGUUAGAACAAGUCAGGUGUCAAUAAAUUUGGCACGAAAAC